CAUUUGGCUGAUUUUUGAUUUUCUGAUCCGGCUGCAAAGGCUCGAGGUGCUAAGGCUAUAUUGCUUAAAAGGGCUAGCCAGAGUUUAUAUAGUGAAUGCAAAUAUCACUAUUGUACAUGCACCGCUUCCGCUGGACUCAGAUACACUAUGACCACGUUGAGUCCGUCUCCCGUUCUACAGCACCUUCGGGUUCGCUACCGCCAUGUUUGAUGAUGCCGAAUGAUCAAUCGAUGUUUGUCGUCUGCUCUGCGGUGGAAGAUCAGAUUGGAUUUACGCUUGAGGACAGCAUCGGCGAAGCAAAGCAUCACGCAAGAAUCCUUGUUCUUCUCUUCCUCUUCCUUUACUGACUGCUGCUAACCCGGCUGGUACUUGACUGUGAUACAUGACCCCGGCCUUUGGAAAAGAACGGUGAUCGAUAUGUCGUAGACAGGAGCUUUGUCCUCAAAGUCUGAUGUUUUGGACGUUUAAGUUCGCCCUGAAAUUUGGUGUUGCUUGAGCGGUGUAUUGCCCUCGGCAGCUGGCUUGUAAGUCGAAGACAACCGCUCAUCUACAGAGCAAUUGCUGUGCUUGUUCUGAAAUUGCCUCGAACCGGCCUCGUGUGGUUGACUGAGAUUCCACAUUUGUCCGCUCACGACUCCGUUCUGAACGCACAGUGCUGCCAUCGCAUAUGCGGAGUUUGACGCGUGACCUUCUUCAUUGGUGCUAUAGUAUCUGCUCGCUUUUCAGACUUGUACUUGUCUGGUAUGUCGCCCAUGAGGAGAUCUAAUCUCAAGCCAGCCAGACAGCCGAAGAGAUUUUAGCGAGCGAACUCGCCGCUGCACCUCGAGGAUACUAUUCUUGUACUGGAGGGUCGCUCAAGCCCUGCAUGGUCAGCCGUGCAGCUUCUUGCAGGUUCAGCUUCCAGCCACAGAACGCAAGCCUUGUCAAGGUCUGCGAUAUACCAGCCAAACGACAAAUUCCUUUGAUCAAUGCGAGUUCUCUAUUGAGACUCGAAGUUUCUGAUCGUGUCAUGUUCAAGGGCAGUGCUUCCACGAAGCGUUCGAUGUGGCAACGAUCCAUUGUGAAUCCUGG